UCUUUGUAAACAGAAAGAAGAAACGAAAAACAGAAUAUGACAUUGAACACAUCAUAAACAGCAUGUUUAAAUGUUCUCCUAAUUCAUGUAAACGGUAUUAACAUGAAUAUGGAUCAGUUUAGCACACUGUUUGCUGCUGUGUCAGGUGUAACUGUGAUUUACCUCUUUCAUUCACUCUUUUACACCUCUCACAUAUUAUUCAAAAAACAAACAGUUUUUGACUCCAAAAGACCUCUGCCAAGUUCUCUUUAUCUUAUGACCAGAUACAUUUGUGAAUCUUUACGCAAAAAACGAGGACAAAUGAGAAAGGACAGAGACACAAACGACGAGCUUGUUUUCACUUUAAUCAACUGUAGGUAUGAUGCAGUGUCUUUGCGGAGGUUCUGCAGUGUUGUGGGUUAUGGAUGGGACUAUCCUGACAGUGUUUUCAGAGAUAUACCCUUGUGCUACCCUGAGCUUCUCUUCUCCAGAUUACUCACCAUGAUUGUGUGCUCAGACAGAUUCAAACUGUGCCCUUUAGGUCUGUUGGGCAUUUGUGAGACUCUGCGUGUGCCCGAAGCAGUGGAUGAGUUGAAGAGAGCCUCAUUCUCCCUGCAGGCCAGAGUGCUGGAAUACAGGGUUGUUGAUGCAGGUGUGGAGGUGGAUGUCUCUUUAACUGCAUCCAGAGAUCAACUGACCAUAUGGAGCAGCACACUGACUCUACUGUCUCCUAAAAGCACAUACAGGCCUGAUGUUCAGCCUGACACAGAAGUCAUCCAUGAUCCUGCCUCAGAGAGGUGUAUCAGGCUGCCUGUUCCUUUGGCCACCGGUGUGAGAUGUAUCUGGGUGUUUGGUGACCUUUGCCCUCUGCUUGUGUUUUCAAUGCCUGUGUCUCGGCUGGGGUUCAAAUGCCCCAACGCACACCCACUGUGGGUGUUCUCCAGAUGCAUGGCAGAGAUAGAGAAACACAAAGGAAGGAGUUGAAGCGGUGAGAGCUCCUCUGACUGUGUCAAUCCAUUAUGUUUGGCCUCUGUCAUUACUGGGACAAGUCACCAUCAGGAUCAGUGAAAACACAAACACUACUGAAACCACCUCAACAACAACAACAGCAUUUUCAAUGGAGGACCACAGAACCAGAACACUGUACGUGUCAGGACAGAUAACAAGACAGUCAAAUAAGAGGAGAUAGAGGUAGUGAUGUAGCUCUUACAAAACACUUAACAUUGCUAGAAUAUAAAGUAUGAUGACAUUGGAAAUGUGUACUUUGAACACAAUAAAUGGUGCAUACUGUAUUAUGGAAAACAGGAUUUUUCUUACUUUUUUAACAAUCAGAGUUUGAUGUACUAUGACUUAGACUAACGUUAAAGGAAUUUUCAGGGUUCAAUACAAGUUAAGCUCAAUCGAUAGCAUUUGUGGCAUCAUUUUGAUGAUCACAAAAAUGUAUUUUGACUCAUCCCUCCUUUAAAAAAAGCAAAAAUCUGGGUUACAGUGAGGCACUUGGCCUGAUUUUUUUAAUGUGAUAAAAUUGCUUAAUAAAGUUAUAGCCAAUUUUAUCGUUUCAUUGUUAUGACGAUGUAAUGUCAACAAACCCUAAAAUGACUAAAAAUGACUAUUUAAAGGGGGCCUGGGUAGCUCAGUUGUAAAAGACGCUGGCUACCACCCCUGGAGUUCGCUAGUUCAAAUCCCAGGGCGUGCUGAGUGUCUCCAGCCAGGUC